AAAUAAACCGGAAGUCCUUUUUUCUGUUGUUAGCAGUUUGGACGUGGAUGAAAGAGGCUAGCCCUUUAGCUCACUCUGUGUUUGAAGUUAUCCUGUGGUUAUUCAUUCUUGCAUCAGUUUCCAUCAUGGCGUACCAGCUAUACAGGAACACAACUCUGGGAAACAGCCUGCAGGAGAGUCUGGACGAGCUCAUACAGACCCAGCAGAUCACUCCUCAGUUGGCUCUUCAGGUCCUGCUUCAGUUCGAUAAAGCAAUCAAUAUGGCGCUCGCCAAUAGAGUCCGCAACCGGGUCAACUUUAGGGGUUCUCUGAACACCUACAGGUUCUGUGACAACGUGUGGACGUUUGUUCUGAACGACGUGGAGUUCAGGGAGGUGACGGAUCUCGUGAAAGUUGACAAGGUCAAAAUUGUUGCCUGUGACGGAAAGAGCGAGUCAACCCAGAACAAAAAUGAUAAAUGAUGGACCUGAACUGUACAGAUAACUUAUUACAGUAGGGGUGUGUGUGUGUGUGUGUGUGUGUGUGUGUGUGUGUGUGUGUGUGUGUGUGUGGCGGACAGAGAGGACCAGUCACUGUACCUGCAGCAUCUUUUUUUUUUUUCUUUUUUUUUUGCAAUGUGCAGGAGGUUUGUGUUCUGUUUGCUGUUAUUAUUAAGCUUAAUCCUCUGUAAUAAAAAACCUUAUCUAAACUUUGUCUUCUGUCAGGCAUUGUUGAAUAUUUCUUUUUCUAUAAUUGUGAGAAGAGAGUUUUGUACCCCAAUGAAAAAUGCAAGAAUAAAGUCUCUGAAUCCAU